AGGCCAGGUGCAAGGUGUUGCACUUGGGUUGAGGCAAUCCCAGAUACAUGUACAGGCUGGGAGAAGGGCUCGUUGGGAACGGCUCUGCAGAGAAGGACUAAGGAGACCUGGUGGACGUGAGCAAGCCAGUGCGUGCUGGCAGGCACACAAGACAAGCCUCACUAGCAGGAGACCACACCGCUGGGGAGAGAGACGGGACCGCUGUGUGACUGCUAAUUAGCAAAUGCCAUUAGCAGCACCGCACUGAUCCGUGGCCACGUGAUGCAAGGUCAGUUGGAGACAGCUUUCCCUCUUAUCACUCCACAUGACAUCUCACGACAACAUUGCUGAGGGGUUAAAUAAUUGGUAGUGCUGUGCCAGCCAGCCCCCAGCCGGUGGAAAUGUGAUUCCCCCUAAAACAGGAUGCACACCCAGGCUGAAUUCGCUCACGGUAAUUAACGCCGUGCGCUGCUUCGGCAGGGAGGGGACAGGGGAAGCCUGCACGUUGUAUUUUUAGUGCAGCUAAUAGCUGUAGGGUUGUAUUCCUGUCUACCCAUUAAUUGACAGUGCUGAAGGAGAAAAAGAAAAAAAAAAAAAAAAAGGCUAAUUCCCAAUAAAACGCAGAGAAAAUCGAUGCAACCUCCUGACGGGAGCGUGGUUCAGCAGGAGGCCAGUCCUGCAGGGCUCCCACCCACCGGACUUUUAUGGGGGUUGCUGGCAUGAUGCCCACCUCCCUGCUGCAUCCCCGCUGUGCUUUGUCCUCCUGCCCAGCGGCUCGGCCAUAAAGGCUCGGCUGGGGGCACGGUGCUGUCACAUGGGGCCGAGCAGCGCAGGCAAUAUAAAUGUGGUGACGUGUGCCUGGCAGGCUAUCCCCACGCAGGGUGCAUCCAGCCCUGCAGCGGGAGCUGGGGAUGCCCAUGCCAGCCUCGCAGGGACCCGUAGAGCCCAGCCUGGCAGAGCCAGCCUUGCACCACCAGCCCCCCGAGAGAAGUACUACCAAGCCCUGGUCACGGGGAACCUGAGGAGCCUGCAGGUGCUGACAGACAGAUACUACGAAGAUGUCAACCUGGUCUUUGAGAUCAGUAAAAAUGAGAUGGAGUGGCAGGUGAAAAGCCAAGCAUCUUAUGGACUCUCAGGGCUGUGGUCGCUGGAAUACAAGCAGGAGCUGAGCACACCACUGUGCAUCGCUGCCAGCCGAGGCCACACCGCCUGCCUGCGGCACCUCCUGCAUCGCCAGGCUGACCCUGACCUGGCACCGGGGGGCUGGGCCCCUCUGCACGAAGCCUGCCGUGGGGGGCACACUGCCUGUGUCGAGCUACUGCUGGAGCACCAGGCUGACCCCAACCUCCGGAGCGACGAGGGGCUGGCCCCACUGCACCUCUGCACCACCCGCAACUCACUGCGAUGCGCCGAGCUGCUGCUGAAACAUGGAGCCACCAUUGACCUGCCCAGUGAGGACAGCGGGGAGACAGCACUGCACGUGGCAGCCAAGCACGGCCUCUAUGACCAUGCCCACCUCUACCUGCGGCACGGGGCAGACGUGGAUGCCCGCAGCAACCGGGGUGAGACAGCUUUGGGCUUAGUCUGCAGGCAGGCCCCAGAUGCUGCUGAGGAUGCCCUGCAGCUGUGCCGGCUGCUUGUUGUGCAUGGAGCCAAGCUGGACGCACGCGACGAGCUGCGGAGGAGCCCUCUGCACGAGGCCUGUGGGGCAGCCAACGCCGUGCUGGUGAGGUUCCUGCUGAGACGUGGGGCAGAUGUCAACGCCAUUGACUACAAUGGCAUCUCCCCGCUGGGCUGCGUGCUGCAGGCGGCCGCCUUCAAGCAGGAGCUGAGGCCUCACCUGGUCGUGCAGCUGCUGCUCAACUACGGAUCCCAAAAAAUAUGGCCCCACGCCUUUGUCAAGGUGCUGAGGUCCUGUGCAGCUGUGCCAGAGAUCAUUGAAAUCCUCAUCAACUCCUACUCGCAAAUCCCCAUCUCUGAGAAGUGGGUGGAGGCUGUGCCAGAGGAGGUCCUGCAGCAGCACCAGCCAUUCUAUGGCUCCCUGUUCCGGCUGUCAGGCACAGUCCGGUCCCUACAGCACCUGUGCCGCUCCACCAUUCGGAAGAAGUUUGGCAGCCGGUGCCACUGCCUCAUCCCCUCGCUGCCCAUGCCCAAGCCACUGCUGGAUUACCUGCUGCUGGAGCCUGAGGGUGUCCUGCUCUGAGUGCACAGCCCUCCUCUGCAUCUUCCCUGUGGCAGCAUUCAUUGCUGCUGGCCAAGCAGAGGAGCCACCACUGUCAUGACGGAUCGGUGCUUUUCGGGACUUCUAGCAUAACUAAAAUGCGCUUUCAGCUGUAACUUGGUAUCCAUUUGUUUGUUUCCUUCUUUUCUAAUUGAGCUUUCAACGGAUUAUAAAGAGUAAUAAAAUGAGGAGUGGCUGCUGCA